AUGGGGAGACAGACAGCGACUGCACCUAGGGGCCGUGUGUCAGAGCGCAUAUCGCGUGCACUGGCAUCCAUGGAAAAGGCCUUUAGUGAGGCUGGCGGCGGGCGAACAGGCCUUAGAGGGAGCGUGCCAAGAAGCGAUCGUAAGGGAAAGAGACCCGCUGAUGCAAAACAGAGAGCGCUUGGAGUUGGACGUGAAAUCUUGGAAGGAUUUGACGAGGACGAAGAUGAAGAUGACGAUGAAGACGAGGGGGACGAGGAACUCGAUGCCGGCUUAGAAGAUGAUGAUGAAGAGGAUGAUGCGGCAGAUGCCGACGAAGAGUAUGAUCCGAUUGCACCUAGAGGACCCUUGGAGAAUAACAAUUAUGGGGAAGUCUGGCUGCCCAUACAAGCUCGCCCUCGUCGCAACCGCAGAGAUCGCGCGACACGUCGGCUUGUUCAAGAGAACGUUGUGAAGCCUUCUAGUCUGAUCUAUCCCCUAUUCGUGCACGACGAAGAACGCAGCGUUCCGAUUCCGUCGCUGCCAGGCCACCGCCGGCUAAGCCCCGAAGAUGUGCUAAAAGAGGUUGAAGAAGCCCGGCGCUAUGGCAUAAACGCAUUCAUGCUCUUUCCCAAGGUGGAUGAUGAUCUCAAAAGCCCCUUGGGAGAAGAAAGCAACAACCCGGAUGGGCUGAUGCCCCGCACCAUCAUGUCUAUCAAAGAAGCCUUUCCCGAUGUUCUGGUUCUGGCUGACGUUGCACUAGACCCCUACAGUACUUCGGGCCAUGAUGGGAUCGUCGAUGAGGAGACAGGAGUUGUGCUGAAUGACAUGACAGUGUAUCAAAUAUGCAAGCAGUCCGUCAACUUGGCUAGAGCUGGAGCGGACAUGGUCUGCCCUAGCGAAAUGAUGGAUGGUCGGGUGACGGCAAUCCGUGAAGCGCUGGAUAUGGAGGGCUGUGUUGAUACCUCAGUGUUGUCGUACGCAUGCAAGUACGCGUCGUCUCUCUAUGGGCCAUUUAGGGAUGCUGUUGGCUCUCCGCUAAAAGGAACUGGAGACAAGAAGACCUACCAGAUGGACGUAUCCAACGCUUUGGAAGCAGAGCGCGAGGCCGAACUUGAUGUGCAGGAAGGGGCUGAUAUGUUGAUGGUGAAGCCGGGGUCGUCGUACCUGGACGUCCUUCGACGUGUCCGCCAGAAGACAAACGUGCCUCUCGCUGUUUACCAGGUGUCUGGAGAGUACGCAAUGAUCAAAGCGGCAGCGGAGAAAGGGUGGAUAGACGAGAAGGCCGUCGUCCUGGAGACACUAAAGGGAUUCCGGAGGGCCGGCGCAGACGCAAUAGCCACUUACUACGCCAAAGAUGUCGCCAGAUGGCUGGAAGAUGACUGCAGGAGCAGUCGCAGUUUCACCGAGCCUUGCUAUUAA